AUGCAGCUCGCCGACGUCGCGACCGCACCGGGAGGACCUGCGCCCGCUGGGUCGUCGGACAAGCCCAAGAAGGAGCGCAAGCACAAGGACAAAAAGGACAAGGGCAAGCGCAAGGCCGACGACGGCGCCGACGACGGCGACGGCGCCGACGAGGGCAACAGCGUCGAGGCGACGGCCGCUACCACGAGCACCGACAACGGCGCCGCCGCCGCCGCCGCCACCGUCGACGCCUCGGGCGAGGGCGAGGGCCAGGACAAGGACGUCGAGCAGGGCAAAGCCAAGGGCGACGACCACAAGGACAAGAAGCGCCGCGGUCGCCCGCCCAAGAUCAAGGACGCGACGUCGUCAGCUGCCGGCGUCGCCCCUCCUCCUCCAGCCGCUCUCGGCGGUCCCGUCCUCGCGCCUCAGUCGCAGCCGCAGCCGCAGCCGGCGCCGAGCCUCGCCGGGAGCGCGGCCGCCCACUUCUACGAGGACCUCGUCACCAAGUGGAUGAGCUCGAAGCAGCUCAAGGACCUCGCCGACGCCGCCGGGUGCACCUACUCGUCGGGCAAGUUCACGACGACCGAGGACGCCACGAUCGACACGAUCGUCGCCGCUUUUUGCGCCGAGCGCUCGUACUCGCCCGACGACUUCCGGUCGUUCCUCGUCGUCAAGCGCGCGACGGCCGACAAGCAGGCGCAGAAGGCCGACGCGCACGACCUGUGGGAGCGGCUCGGGCGCGCGUUGGGCACCCGCCCGCUCCUCGCCAUCUACAACCACGUGCGCGCGCGGUACCCGGCGCCCGACGCGUUUGUCGCCAAAGGCGAGCGGUGGACGGCAGACGACGACGAGCGCCUGAGGGCGGCCGUGAGCGAGAUGGGCAACAGCUGGGAGAGGGUCGGGACGGCUGUCGGGCGCGCCGCGACGAGCUGCAGGGACCGGUGGACCAAGCAGCUCGUGGGCGGCAACAGCGACAAGAAGAAGAGCGGCGCGUGGACCGCAGACGAGGAGGAGCGCCUCAGGGCACUCGUCCAGGAGCACGGCAACGCGUGGAAGAUUGUCAGCGCAAAGAUGGACGGCACGAGGUCGGCGACCCAGUGCCGCACCAAGUGGAACGACUACCUCAAGCGCCGCGACGUCCUGGGCGCCACGACGGCGACCAACGGCGGCGGCGGCGAGGCCGACAACGGCGCGGCCGACUCGACGGCGACGCCGGCGUACAAGUGGCGCCCGGAGGACUCGUCGCGCCUCGUGCACCUCAUCGCGUCGCACCAGCCGCAGCCGCACUCGCUCGCCGACCUGCCGUGGGCGGCCCUGACGCCCGUCGACCCCGAGCUCGAGCCGCACGGGACCAAGAACCUGCGCGACCGGUUCCGCACGCUCGCGAGCUACGCUGCGAGGGCGAUCCGCGUCGAGAGGGGGUGGGGGGAGGCGGACGAGGUGGCGUUCUCGGACAUCCUCCCGCGCCUCAUCGCGCAGCACCCCUCGCCGACGGGCAAGCCCCUGCGCCGCCCGCGCGCCGACCCCAAGCCAAAGCUCCCCAAGCCGCCCAAGCUGCCCGCGACCUCGGGCUCGGCGGCGGGGCCUGUUGUCGAGGGCAAGGGCAAGAAGGCCAGGGGCAAGGGGAAGGAGGGCGCGGGCGAGGGCGGCGAGGGCGACGGCGACGGGACGGGGUCCGGGCGCGCGGUCAAGGGCGCGUACAAGAGCAAGGAGACGGUCGAGACGGAGGACGAGGCGAGUGCGGGCGACGAGGACGACGACGAGGACGACGACGACGGCGAGGAGGACGUUGCGGUUGACGCCUGA